UUGUAAGUGAAGGCAUUGUUGAAAUCACCAAUCCGGUCAAAGAGAACAAGUUAAAGCAAAAAUGUUGUUUAAACCACCCACCUGGUCAAAGAGAACAAGUUGUAAGUGAAGGCACUGUUGAAAUCACCAAUUCAGUUAAAGAGAAUAUUUUGUUAGCAGAACAAGUUGUAAAUGAAGGUAUUGUUGAAAUCACCCACUCGGUCAAAGAGAACAAUUUGUUAGCGUAG